AAUCAAAGUGGACAUGCGUGCUUUACGUAGAUGGUCCAAGGUCUGCUUAAAGAUAUCAGCAGAUAUUUAUCAGUCCGUUAAGCAUAAAUGAGCCGGCAGUGAACCGCGCCCGCUCACAACCGCAUCACGAUGGCGAGCGCCAGGUCGCGAGCCGUCCUCCUCUUCGUCGCCUUCCUGGCCGGGACCUCCGCUAACCCGACCGGAAGCCCGAGCGGGACCGGGAAGCGUCUUCUGCUGAUCUCCUUCGACGGCUUCCGGUGGGACUACGACCGGGACGUGGAUACGCCUAACCUAGAUGCGCUGGCGCGGGACGGCGUCAAGGCCAAGUACAUCACGCCGCCCGCGCUCACCAUGACCUCACCGUCACACUUCACCACCAUCACAGGCCGCUGGGUUGAGGACCACGAGGUGGUCCACAACAUGAUGUUCAACCCACUCACCAACCAGAAGGUCCCUCACAAGAAGACCCUCAGGCGCUCAGAGUGGUGGGACAACGGCGUUCUGCCUCUCUGGAUCACAGCGCAGAACCAGGGUCUGAAGACGGCCUCUUUCUACUACCCCGGAGGCGGUGUCAACUACAGCGGCCAAGCGGUGAACCGGGCCAUCGUGGAGGAGUCGGCCCACCCCGAUGACAACGAGACAGAGUGGCGCCAGAACAUCGACACGGUUCUGAGCUGGUUCUCCGAGGAGGACUUUGACCUGGUCACCUUGUACUACGGCGAGCCUGACAACGUGGGCCACAUGCGGGGUCCGGACCACCCGGACCGGAAGGCCAUCAUCCGGCAGAUCGACCGCACGGUGGGUUACUUGCGGGAAGCCAUCAGUCGCCACAAGCUGGACGCCAGCCUCAACGUCAUCAUCACGUCUGACCACGGCAUGACCACCGUCAAGAAGCGCCCCCUGGUGGACGAGAUCGUGCUCAACAAGUACUUGAAUCUGCUCAAGCUGGCCAGCUUUGAGAUUUUGGACUAUGGCGGAUUUGGGAUUCUGACGCCACGGCCGGGGAAGGAGCGGGAAGUACUGGAGGCGCUGGACAAGGCUCCCAACCUGACCGCCUACAGGAAGGAGGACAUGCCCCAGAGUUUCCACCUGGCACGGAGUCGACGCCUCCCACCCGUGGUGGUGGUGGCGGACCUCGGCUUCAACCUCAACUCGAGAUUUAUCGUGUACGUGAACAAAGGUGACCACGGCUUCCACAACGGCGAGAUGGACAUGAAGAUGAUCUUCAGGGCCUUCGGACCCGACUUCAAGAAGAACUUCCUGGCCGAGCCGUUCGACAGCGUCCACAUUUAUCCGCUCAUGUGCAGGCUGCUGGACAUCCGAGCGGAGCCCAACAACGGAUCCCUGGAGCACACGGCGUCCAUGCUCGUCACGUCCCACAGUGGAGGACCUCAAAGGACUCCGACGUCACUGAUGAUGAUGACGACGACCUUUAUCUUGAUUUCCACGCUGAUGCUCUGACGCGACGCACCUCCGAGAUCCACGAUCGUGCUCCCAUAACC